GAUUUUCAUUAAUAGUGAUUACUUCAGAACUUUCAUUAAAAAUGGAUAUUUCGAGGCUUUCAUUAACAGUGGUUAUUUUGAGACUUUUAUUAACAGUGAUUAUUUUGGAACUUUUACUUUCACUAUGGGUAGAAUUGAUACUUUGCAUUUCUAAUUGUAAUAGUGAAGUACUUGAAGUUACAAAUGAGAAUAAUGAA